UAGGAGUCUGUAGUAAUAAACGAAUUGAAUUAUUUUAUACAGUGCAUAGCUAUAAACUAAUAUAACAAACAAGUUAUUGGUAUAAUAAAAGUGAAAUACAUUGAAUUCAAAGAUGUGGAAGUUAUCGGCUCUAGUGGUGAUGUUAUGUCUAGCGACUACCGUGCAUGGACAUUUGCAGAUGACCUUUCCCCCGGCCAGGAAGUUUGCAUUGGACUUCCUGGAUAACGUCAGAACUCCGGCUCCGUGCAGUGGAAUGACAUUUACAGAUGGAAUGCCGAUUACGACACUGGAAACAGGAAAAACAGUCAGAGCUACAUGGCACGUCGCUUAUCCACAUAUGGGCGGAAUCAGAUUUGAGCUUCUGAACGCUACAUCCGGCGAAGUUACGGCAAACUUGACUGGUGACGGAUACCAAUACACCAAUGAUUCAACGAGACUUUACCAUGAUCUCACGUUUGGGGCAGAUCAUGUUUGCGAUCACUGUAUCCUAAGAAUAACUCGGCAAGCAGGUGAAUGGACUGCUGGGGCAGAUGGAUAUCUCUUUUGGAGCUGCGCUGAUGUGAAAAUAAUGGCACCAGGGAUUGAUUGCUACGACGGAAAAUGCUUGAAUGGAGGAACAUGCGACGCCGGGACCUGCCAGUGCGCCAAAACCUACACAGGGGACAGAUGUGAGUACAAAAACGACUGUGACGAUGAUACAGAUUGCAAUAGUAACGGAGUUUGCUACGAUAUCCAAUCCACGUAUUAUCCGACCAAAGUCUGCUAUUGUAACGCUGGCAAAAUGGGAAGAUACUGCAGCAAAGAUUCUCCUGUAACGAACGCAGUGAAAACAGCUGAAGAGUUGACGGGAUAUUACAAAUCUGAGUUGUAUGGAAAUCCAGAGUUCAGCAUGUACUGGAAGCUUUUGGGAACCAAUAAGGACGAGAUCGAAGUUGUUCUGCAAGUAAAGACGAAGACCUGGGUCGCUUUAGGAUGGAGACCAAACACUGUAACUGGAACAUGCAGGAGUUUUCCUGUAACCAGUGGAACGCCAACCGGCACUCCGGAAGGAACUCCUGAGGGCACAGCAGAACCGGAAACAACUCCUGAACCGGCCUCCGAACCGGAAACAACACCGGAACCUACAACGGCGGCUGCUGCUCGGAAACGUCGAUCGUUGAGAAGAGUCAAAAGGGAAACUGAGGUAAACAUGAUCAAGCAACUCUGCCUCGCUGGAAAUGUCUCAGAAGCAAUCGCUUGGGCCAACAGCAAUUACAACUCUGAUCCAGGAGCUCCAGUGCCGGAACCAGAAGGUACUCCAGAAGGCACUCCCGCACCCGAAGGAGAAGGGGAACCCGCUCCUGGAACCACUGCCGCGCCAGAAGGUGCUCCCGAGGGCACACCGGAAGGUACCCCGGAAGGAACCCCGGAAGGAGCCCCGGAAGGUCAACCAGAGGGAAAUUCUGCUGCUUUGCAUGCUAUGGACUGCCAGGAUAUGGUCUUUAUUUCGGCUGAAGGUAACCGACAUCGCAUUCUUGACUCCUAUACCAGAGACAGAUCAACUCCAAGACCCGAUUCGUUCUUUGGCGGAACGGAUGAUUUGACUGCUGCCGCGGCCUCGCACGUUGAUGGAAUGUUGCAUGCAGCCUUUAGAAGGAAGCUUUACAGUGCAGACCAGGCCGAUCACACCAUUCCGGACGGACCAGCAACCUUCAUUUGGGCAAGAGGACAAGACCCGAAUAGAUUCUACCACUGGCCAAUCGGGGGACUUGAAAGAUGCCAAGCGUCCAACUAUGAUUAUUACAAGAUCAACGAACUGAAAUACCACGGCACCAAAGACUCCCAGAGAGGAUCCAGAACCAUCAAUGUUUAUGAUGAUCCUAACUCUACCGAAGAAGCAAGUGAAGGCACACACUCUUCCCCAAAAGAUUGCACAGACAAUUGCAAUUAUGUCGCACGUUGGAGAUACAGAAAGAGCACAGGAAUGGUGCAAUUCACUAUAACAGCAAAGGUGGCCCUGCAACAGUGGGCAGCUAUUGGCUUUUCUGACGACCAGGCCAUGGUCAACACGGACGCUGUCGUAGUAUGGAUGGAUAACGCGUCGAACCCGCCAACAGUAACCGAUAGAUAUAUUACCGCCAGGACUCCAGCAGGUGUCGCGCUUGACGGGGGAACCCCCACUACAUCCGUUGUUGGGGGAAGCUACAAUAAUGGUCAAAUGACGGUUGAAUUCACAAGACCUCUAAAAUCUACGGACGAUAAUGAUCUUGGGCUGGACACUUGUAGGUUUUUUCUGUAUGCAUGGGGGGGUAACGUGAACGGCAAUGACCUGACUUAUCACUCAUCUAGGGAGAGCAGCACUCAGAAGAUUUGCAUCGAUUCUGGCUCGGCAAGGAUCGCUAUCUCAAACAUACUAAGCUGGUCUUGGAUUGUUUGUGUGCUUAUCAUUUCUCGUCUAUCACUUCAAUGAUGACGUUACGAAUUACAAAUGACGUGUUCGUAUCAUGACAUCAUAACACAAGUCUAACAUUACUUCAAGAACGCAUCCUAAUACAGAAAAUGAAAACGUGGAAGUUAGAUAUUAGGAAAAGUUUGAAUUCUGUAAUUUGCGUUUCUUUGAUAUUUUUUUUAUAUUUUUAUGUAAUUAGUCUAAAAAAACGUUUUGCAACCUGGGAUUUUGAACAAGUGUCUGAAAUGAACAUUUUGUCCAAAUUUUUGCAACUAAAAAAUAGUCUAUCUUAUAAGAAUUGCUGGUUGUUAUUUAAUACCGGUCCGAAAUCAUUACUGUGGUCCGAGAUUUCCUCUCAAAUUUGUUACCUUAUCCAAUUCUUUGCUGUUUUGGUUUGAAUAUUUAUACUCUUUAUAAUACCAAGGCACAGCCAUUCUAUAUAGCUUUACAAAAAUUUAGAAAUCCUAAUUCCCAUGACAGUCGGUCCUAGAUUAAAUAGAUGACACAAAAUUGGAGAUAACUUCAUUUUGUCAAAAUAUUCAUUAUUGACAUCAUUGCAGCACAAACUAGAUAAAACUGGUUAUAAUCUGACUUACAAUUCAAUUUGCGCAUUUUCGUCCGAAAAAAAUAAUCGUUUGUUCAAAUUCAAUGCAGUUUCAGUACAGAAUUUAGUGCAAAAGAAAUAAAAAUGGAGUGCUCCAGAAGUAUGCACACCAAAAUUUCGCACGACC